CUGACCUUCAGUCGGCGGCGGACGGUCGUGGGGAAGAGGCGGCGCCGAAACGACAAGGGAGGCGUCAUGGUGCAGGAGACGAAACACCUGGGGUCGGGCUCCGAGUACCCGCCGCUGAAGCCGGGCACUCUACGCGUCUACUCGAUGAAGUUUUGUCCAUACGCCGAGAGGACGCGACUGGUCCUCGCGGCUAAAAACAUCCCACACGAGGUGGUCAACAUCAACCUGAAACAGAAGCCGGAGUGGUACGUGGCCAAGCACGCGGAUGGCAAGGUGCCAGCGCUGGAACUGGACAACCAUUUUGUGCCCGAGAGCCUGGUCACGUGUAACCUGCUGGAGCAACUGUACCCGGAGCCGGCCCUCUACCCGGCUGAUCCCUGGGCCAAGGCCCGUGACCAGUUCAUGGUGGAGCAGUUCAGCGCGGUUUCUGGAACCAUGUACCAGAUGUACCGGGCUUCUGGGGAUGCCGAGAAAAUCAAGGAGCUCAGUGACACGUUCAACAAGAAAAUACAGCCAUUCGAGGAGGAGCUGAUUCGCCGCGGCACGCCCUUCUAUCACGGCGACCGUCCGGGUAUGCUGGACCUCAUGAUCUGGCCGUGGAUGGAGCGCUUCCCGGCCGCUCGCAAGCUGGGCGUCACCACACUGCCUGAAGGAGAGGUGCCGCCGCCGCCACCCUCCAUCAAAAACCUGCACGAGUGGGUGAUGCGGAUGACACAGCACCCCGACGUCAAGAAAUGUCUGAUAGCCACCGAACACCACAUGAAGUUCAUCAUGUCCAGCAAGACCGGCAAGCCCGACUACGACAUGGAGGGCGUCUAGGCCGGGAGGCGACGCAGCCAGAGCCGGGCAGCCGAGGCCAUCUAAAGGCUCGAGGCCGCGCGGGAGUAACUCUCUGGCUGGCGGGCGGGACCGACCCGGCCGUAAGAUGUAACCAAACGUAUUUCCGUUAGUAGGUUCUAGACAGCCAAAAAGUCCCUGUUCUUGGUUGCGGUGUUUCACGAAUGAGAAUCAUGCUACCGGUGUUCAGACUGCUCCGUUCCCAUGGCAAUAUAGCUGGAAUUGUGGAA